AUGAGAAGGCGUGGUCUUUUGGAUCCUGGUAAACGACCAGAAUUCGGAAUAUGCACCAGCACAGCCACUGUCUACCACGCAGUUGUUAUUAUAUUUUUAGAAUUUUUUGCAUUUGGGCUGUUGACCACCCCAAUGAUAUCCAUAUUGGAUGAAGCGUUUCCUAAACAUACAUUUUUAAUGAAUGGUUUGGUUCAGGGCGUUAAAGGUUUCCUAUCCUUUCUCAGUGCUCCCCUUAUUGGAUCGAUGUCUGAUACCUUCGGAAGAAAGCCCUUCCUGAUUCUCACAGUUACAUUUACGUGCUCUCCUAUUCCAUUAAUUAAAUUGAGCCAUUGGUGGUAUUUCACCAUGAUCAGCAUCUCAGGAAUUUUCUCUGUAACCUUCUCAGUUGUUCUAGCAUAUGUUGCUGAUAUAACCUCUGAAGAAGAAAGAAGUUGGGCAUACGGUUUGGUUCAAAAAUAA